GGGACAAAAAACUGAUAUCAGUGAACAGCCUCAAUUCAGGGAAGGAAAACCUACACAUGUCUGGAGGUUUAGAGUAAAGUUUGCUCAUUCGACAAUGUCAAAGCCUGAGGGAUUAGCUAAGGGAAAUACCACGAAGGAGGAAAAUGAAGGUCCGAAAAGGGACACGUGGGUUCAGAAGAGGGAGUAUAUUUUGUCUAUGCUUGGCUACAGUGUUGGAUUUGGAUCGCUGUGGAGAUUUCCCUACCUUUGCAACAGAAAUGGAGGCGGUGCCUUCCUCAUCCCAUAUUUCACUGCAAUCAUCCUAUGCGGCAUUCCUUUAUUCUUCCUGGAGGUUUCCAUCAGCCAGUUCUCCAGCAGGAGUGCCACCCAUGUCUGGGUUCUAUGUCCACUGUUUAAAGGAAUUGGCAUCACCCAGCUAAUCAGUAGCAUUAUCGGAUCCAUGCCGUACGCUGUCAUCACUGCCUGGGCAAGUUAUUAUCUGAGCCAAUCCUUUAGAUCUUUAUUGCCCUGGACAACGUGUGACAACUGGUGGAACACCCCCGUCUGUAUCGAUAAGCUCACCAACGACUCAGCUGAAGUCAGUUUCAACAGCACCGUGGAACAACAACUCCUCCACAGGGCUGUAUGGAGAAAGCCAAACUCUACCAUGACGGCGUCUGAGGAGUUUUGGCAGUUCAACACCCUUCGUGUAUCAUCUGGGAUAGAUGAGUUGGGAUCUGUGGAGCCCCACAUGCUUCUCAGCCUCUUCUGUUCCUGGACUUUAGUGUUUCUGUGUGUGAUGAAAGGAGUGCGGUCUCUCGGGAAGGUAGUGUACGUGACCGCUGUGAUGCCGUACAUCCUCCUGACGGUGCUGCUGAUCAGGUCGUGCAUGAUGCCGGGAUCUGCCGACGGACUUCUGUAUUUUCUUCGUCCAGACUUCUCACGACUAGGUUCAGUUCAGGUAUGGCUUGAAGCUCUCCUCCAAGCCUUCUAUUCCAUGGGUCCAACGUUUGGCACGAUCAUCACUAUUAGCAGCUACAACAAAUUCCAUAACAACUGUCUUAGAGACGUGGCGCUGCUGACCGUCAUUGGAGAAGCCAGCAGCAUUUUCUGUGGAUUGGUUGUGUUCUCUACUAUGGGAUUCAUGGCUUACGAGGCUAAGAUCCCUAUAUCGGAGGUAGUCUCCUCAGGAGCAGGACUUGGCUUUAUUAUCUACCCUGAAGCUAUAGCCAAGCUGCCUCUGCCUCAACUGUGGUCAUUUCUUUUCUUCCUCACACUGCUAUCUUUGGGAAUAGAUACACUGUUUGGGUCAAUCGAGACAGUCAUAGCCGGGAUAGUAGAAGCCUUCCCACAGCAUCUCAAGAAGAGAAGAGUGCUCCUUUCAGGCGGAGUUUGUCUAGGCAUAUUUCUACUCUCUAUUCCUUACACGACAGAGGGUGGAGUCUAUCUCUUUCAACUUCUAGACUGGUAUACAUCCUCCUUCAGCGUCCUGCUCAUUGGCUGUUUAGAGUGUCUGAUAAUCGGCUGGAUCUAUGGUUCCAAGCGGUUCAACCUGGACGUGGAGAUGAUGCUUGGGCGACGAGCCCCUACAGUGCUGAGCUUCAUGUUAUCCUACAUCACCCCUGUCAUCAUGUUUGCGGCACUGAUCCUAUCUCUCUUCAUGUACGACCCGCCCAGCUACGGGACAUACAUAUAUCCAGUCCACGCCAAGGUGAUAGGAAUUCUUAUGGCAGUUCUCAUGACUGCACCGAUACCAAUCACACUUAUCUACCAAGUCGCACAGAGGAAAGGGACCAUCAUGGAGCGUCUCAAACUCGCAAGCGUGCCUUCUGAUGAAUGGGGCCCUGCUCGGACCGAACACAGGAAAAUGUAUCUGGAAAGAGAACACAUUCAACGAGAGAAACUAAUGUUGCCGGUUGUCGUGGAACCUGCUUCCCUAGAAAUAAAAUAGAUGUAUGGGUAGUUUCUAAUAAUAGAUAAUUUUCUAAGAUAUACAUACAUUCAUAUAACCAGGCUAUUUACUAAUGAGUAGAAAGUGUGUGAGUGAAUGAAUCAUCGCAUCGCAUCGUCAUAGAUCCCACGACUUUGUGUAUUUUGGGGUUCUACAUACAAACGCACACACGCGCACACAUACAUACAUUAUGCAAACGUGACUUAUUGUUACUGAUGAGGACUGUCUUGGUGACUAUUGUCUAACCAGCAAUGUUCCAGCUAUUUCACUGUCAGUAAUCAAGUUUGCAAAUCAAACAAAGUCACAGAGAUAGACCAAUCGGUCAUUGGCCAAGACAUAUGCAUCGGAAACAUGUCGUCUGCUCGCAAGAAAUGGAGCCAUUCUUCUCUCACGGUCUCUGUUAAUGGCAGUUUCCAAUGUGACUGUCAAGUGUUCUAUAAGUCUAGGGAUCGUGCUGGACAAGGAAGACAUUCCGGCAUGAAAGAACAGCAGAACCACAAGGCUGAGAACGUGAUCAGUGUUACUCUGUCCAGUGAUAUUGCCUUCCAAAGAUCAGAUCUGACUUGACUUGGUCUUAGAAAAAGUACUAACAUUACCUCGAAAGUCGGUUAUUUUGUGUUUUAGCGACUGUGAGCAAAUCAUUUUGUAACAGUAUUCGAGGUUCUGCCCCAACGUCAAAAUUCAGUUUGGUAAUGUUUCUUUUGUGCGUCAGUUUAUUCUUCCCUAUGUAUAUUCG